AUGAACGUGCAGGCUUGCUCUAGAUGUGGCUAUGGAGUGUACCCCGCUGAGAAGAUCAGCUGCUUAGAUCAGAUAUGGCAUAAAGCGUGUUUUCACUGUGAAGUUUGCAAGAUGAUGCUGUCGGUGAAUAACUUUGUGAGUCACCAGAAAAAGCCAUACUGUCAUGCUCACAACCCCAAGAUCAAUACUUUCACGAGUGUCUAUCAGACACCAUUAAAUGUAAACAGAAGGAAGAUUCCAAGAGACCCCCAUGGGGUUGAUGAGCAAGAAGAUGGUGGAAGGUUUAAAUCGGUGUUUCAGUGGGACAUGGAAUCCAAGGAUGGGGUAACCACCUCUAAUGAGCCACCGUUGGGGAACGAGAGACCCUAUUGGACUGGAUACGGGGAAGGGAAUGCUUGGUGCCCAGGAGCUCUGCCAGACCCUGAAAUCGUAAGGAUGGUUGAGGCUCGGAAGUCUCUUGGUGAGGAGUACACAGAAGACUAUGAGCAACCGAGGGGCAAAGGGAGCUUCCCAGCCAUGAUCACACCUGCUUAUCAAAGGGCCAAGAGAGCCAGCCAGCUGGCCAGCCAAGUGGAAUACAAGAGAGGGCACGAUGAGCGAGUCUCCAGGUUCACCACAGUGGCGGACACUCCUGAGCUGCUACGGGCUAGGGCUGGGGGACAGCUUCAAAAUGAUAUGAUCUACACUGAACAGCAGAGAGGCAAAGGCAGUUUUCCUGCUAUGAUCACACCUGCUUAUCAGAUAGCCAAAAGGGCCAAUGAGCUGGCGAGUGAUGUGAGAUACCACCAACAAUACCAAAGAGAAAUGAAGGGAAUGGCUGGCUCAGCCAUGGCAGCCGAGGGCACAUUGGUGAGGGACUACGUGGACCAGUGUGGUCAGGGCUACUUGGAGGACUAUGACCAGCACAGAGGCAAGGGCAGCUUCCCUGCCAUGAUCACCCCAGCUUAUCAGAACGCCAAGAAAGCCCACCAACUCGCUAGUGAUAUAAAAUACAGGCAGGACUUCAACAGGAUGAAAGGCGCUGCUCAGUUCCACUCCCUCCCAGCCCAGGACAACUUGGUUCUGAAGCGGGCUCAGAGCGUGAACAAACUUGUGAGCGAGAAUAAAUAUAAAGAAAACUACCAGAACCACAUGAGAGGCCACUAUGAAGGAGUGGGUAUGGACAGACGGACUCUCCAUGCGAUGAAAGUUGGAAGUCUGGCCAGCAAUAUUGCCUACAAAGAGGAUUAUAAACACGAUGUGGUUGACUACAACUACCCAGCCACUCUCACUCCUUCCUAUCAAACAGUCAUGAAACAGGUUCCCUUGAAAGAUGUCAACUACAGGCAAAGCAUUGACAAGUUGAAGUACAGCUCUGUGACUAACACCCCUCAGAUUGUCCAAGCCAAAAUCAACGCCCAGCAGCUGAGUCAUGUGAAUUACCGUGCUGACUACGAGAAAAACAAGUUGAAUUACUCACUGCCCCAGGAUGUACCUCAACUGGUGAAGGCCAAAACCAACGCUGAGCUCUUCAGCGAGAUUAAGUACAAAGAAGGCUGGGAAAAGUCCAAGGGGAAAGGAUUUGAAAUGAAGCUGGAUGCCAUAUCUCUGCUGGCCGCCAAAGCCUCCGGAGAGCUUGCUAGCAAUAUUAAAUACAAAGAAGAAUACGAAAAAAGCAAAGGUAAAGCUAUGGGAGCUACGGACUCUAGGCUUCUGCACUCCCUGCAGGUUGCCAAGAUGAGCAGCGAGGUUGAAUACAAGAAAGGCUUUGAAGAGAGCAAGACCCACUUUCACCUGCCCAUGGACAUGGUAAACAUCAGGCACGCUAAGAAGGCCCAAGCUCUGGCCAGUGACCUGGACUACCGGAAAAAGCUACACGAAUACACCGUGCUGCCCGAAGAUAUGAAGACACAGUGGGCCAAGAAAGCCUACGGGCUCCAGAGCGAGCUGCAGUACAAAGCUGACCUGGCAUGGAUGAAAGGCGUGGGGUGGCUGACGGAGGGCAGUCUCAAUCUGGAACAGGCCAAGAAGGCUGGACAGCUGGUCAGCGAGAAAAACUACAGGCAGAGGGUGGAUGAGCUGAAGUUCACCAGUGUGGCCGACAGCUCCCAGAUGGAGCACGCCAAGAAGAGCCAGGAGCUGCAGAGCGGGGUGGCCUACAAGGCAGGAAACGAGCAGUCCCUCCACCAGUACAGCAUCAGCAAAGACGAACCCCUCUUCCUACAGGCCCGAGCCAAUGCUGCCAAUCUCAGCGAGAAACUGUAUAAGAGCAGCUGGGAAAACCAGAAGGCAAAAGGCUUUGAGCUUCGUCUUGACUCCUUGGCCUUCCUGGCAGCCAAAGCCAAGAGGGACCUAGCCAGCGAGGUGAAGUACAAGGAGGACUACGAGAGGUCCCGAGGAAAGCUCAUUGGGGCUCAGGGGGCCCAGGGCGACUCGCAAAUGAGCCACUCCCUGCAAAUGUCCAAGCUGCAGAGCGACCUGGAGUACAAAAGGGGAUUCGAGGACACCAAGUCCCAGUGCCACGUCUCCCUAGACAUGGUCCACCUUGUGCACGCCCGCAAGGCUCAGCAUUUAGCCACAGACGUGGGCUACAAGACGGCGUCUCAUCACUUCACAGCUCUGCCCACGGACAUGAAGGUGGAAUGGGCCAAGAAGGCCUACGGUUUACAGAGUGAUAACCAAUACAGGGCAGAUGUGAAGUGGAUGAAAGGCGCCGGCUGGGUCGCCGUCGGGUCAUUAAAUGUGGAGCAGGCGAAGAAGGCAGGAGAACUCAUUAGCGAGAAGAAGUACCGUCAGCAUCCAGAUGCUUUGAAGUUUACCAGUAUUAAAGACACUCCGGAGAUGGUCCAGGCCAGAAUUAGUUACACCCAAGCAGUGGAUAGGAUAUACAGAGAACAAGGGGAAAACAUAAAGCAUCAUUACACGCAGACAGCCGACCUCCCGGAAGUCCUGCUGGCCAAGCUGAAUGCCAUGAAUAUCAGUGAGACACGGUACAAGGAAUCCUGGAGCAAACUUCGAGACGGCGGGUAUAAGCUGAGAUUGGAUGCCAUCCCAUUCCAGGCAGCGAAGGCCUCCGGUGAAAUCAUCAGCGACUACAAAUACAAAGAAGCAUUUGAGAAAAUGAAAGGGCAGAUGCUCGGCUCCCGGAGCUUGGAAGACGAUAUCAGCCUGGCGCAUUCAGUGUACGCCAGCUCGCUGCAGAGUGAAGUGAAUUACAAGAAAGGCUUCGAGCGCUCAAAGGCGCAGUUCCAUCUGCCGUUGGACAUGGUCACCCUGGUGCAUGCCAAGAAGGCUCAGAGCCUGGCCAGCGACCAGGACUACAGACACCCGCUCCCCCAGUACACGUCCUUGGCCGAGGACCUGAGGCUCAGCUGUGCCAAGAGAGCUCACAAGUUGCAGAGCGAGAAUGAGUACCGGUCAGACUUAAACUUCAUGCGAGGGGUGGCCUGUGUCAUUCCAGGCACUUUAGAGAUCGAAGGAAGAAAAAGAGCAUCUGAACUCAUCAGUGAGAGCAAAUACCGCCAGCAUCCUCAGUCAUUCAAGUACACAGCUGUGACAGACACCCCCAGCCUCCUUCAAGCAAAACUCAGCAACCAGCUUACGAACGAGCGCCUCUAUAGAGCAGCCGGCGAGGAUGCGAGCCACCAGUACACCAUGACCCUGGGGCUGCCCGAGUUCGUCCGAGCGAAAACAAACGCAGCCAACCUGAGCGACGCAAAAUACAAGGAGUCUUGGCAUAAUCUCCGCGCUCAAGGCUACAAGCUGACAAUAGAUGCACUCCCUUUUCAGGCUGCUCGGGUCUCUGGAGACAUCGCCAGCGAUUUUCUCUACAGACACGACUUCGUGAAGGAGCGAGGGAGGCUGAUCGGGGCGCGGAGUGUCAGCGACGACCCUCGGCUCCAGCACUGCUGGCGAGUGGGCCAGCUGCAGAGCGAGCUCCAGUACCGGAGGCAGGCGGUGGGCAGCCACGCACAGUACCACCUGCCCGGGGACAUGGUGCCCCUGGUCCACGCCAGGAAGGCCCAGGCCCUGGCCAGCGACCAUGACUACAGGACACGGUGCCACGAGUUCACGGCGCUGCCCGAGGACCUGAAGAUGGCCUGGGCCAAGAAAGCUCACGCCCUGCAGAGUGAGUUUCGCUACAAGGCAGACCUGAUGGGCAUGAAGGGCACAGGAUGGCUGGCGCUGAGCUCCCCGCAGAUAGAGAACGCAAAGAAGGCUGGAGAACUCAUCAGUGAGACCAAGUACAGGAAAAAACCAGACAGUCUCAAGUUCACCUCGGUGGUCGACUCCCCGGACAUGGUUCAUGCCAAGAACAGCUACCUACACUGCAAUGAGCGCCUGUACAGGUCCGGGGAUGCGGAAUCCCUGCACAGAUUCACCCUGAUCCCCGACCACCCUGACUUCAUCAGAGCCCGUCUCAACGCGCUGCACCUGAGCGAUAAAGUCUACAGAAACUCUUGGGAGCAGACUCGGGCUGGCGGCUACGACUUCAGGCUGGACGCCAUCCCAUUCCAGACUGCCCGAGCGUCCAGGGAGAUCGCCAGUGAUUUUCGAUACAAAGAGGCCUUCCUGCGGGACCGGGGCCUGCAGAUCGGAUACCGCAGCAUCAACGACGACCCGAGGAUGAGGCAUUUCCUCAGCGUCGGCAAGCUCCAGAGUGACAAUGAGUACAAGAAGGACUUUGCAAAGAAUCGGUCCCGGUUCCACAGCCGCCCAGACCAGCCCGGCUUCCUCCAGGCCAAGAGGAGCCAGCAGCUGGCCAGCGACGUGUGCUACAGGCAGCCCUUGCCCCAGCCCACCUGCGACCCGGAGCAGCUGGGCCUGAAGCAUGCCCAGAGGGCCCACCAGCUGCAGAGUGAUGUCAAGUACAAAUCAGACUUGAACCUGACCAGAGGUAUUGGCUGGACCCCUCCCGGCUCCUACAAAGUGGAGAUGGCUCGGCGGGCUGCAGAACUGGCCAAUGCAAGGGGCAUGGCUCUCCAGGGGGCUUACUGGGGGCCAGAGCCUGUGGAGCCCGGAUAUAAUCAGAGAGGGGAUGUGAACCCAGAUGCCAUGGAGAUUCUGCACGUCAACAGGAGGAAGGUGCUGCCGUUGUGA